AUGGAGCACCUCGCGCGCGCCCCGGCUCCUCGGUCUUGGAUAUACUACCUGGUCGAAGGGAUGUCUUUCAAAAUCACGACCACUCUCUGUGCAUCAAGAGUGGAGAAGUGGAUCCGCGCCGUCAAGAGGGACUUUCUCGACGGCGCACCAAUCAAGUAUGUCGGCUUGGACUACGAGUUCACCAACCCUCGUGAGGGUAAUCAGCGCGCCGCCGUCCUUCAACUCUCGGCGGCGACCGGGAAUUUGGUCUUCCAGAUUUGUUGGGCUAAUGAAGUGUCACAAGUUCUCAAGGAGUUCUUGUAA